CUCCCCUCCCUUUUCCCCCGCGGUUUCGCUAGAGAGCGAAGGGAAAGAGCGGCGCGCCUCGACCUCGACGGGUUGGGUUUUCAGGACAGACGGUUGGAAGGACGGCGCGGGGCUGCACAAACCGCGAGCAGGAUGGUAACGGACGUGCAACUGGCCAUCUUUGCCAACAUGCUUGGCGUCUCGCUGUUUCUCCUGGUCGUCCUUUAUCACUACGUGGCCGUCAACAACCCGAAGAAGCAGGAGUGAACGAGUGACUGGACUGCUCUCUUCUUACCCCAACCCCCCGAAAGAAUGCAGAGCCAUCAGCACAAGGAAGCAUGGAGCCCCAGAUACUCUAGCCGUACGUGGCUUUGUUGAAACCCUGAAGAUAAUAAAUGGUUAGAGAAUACACUUCAA